CAAUUUCCCCUUUCAGAUGCUUUUUCUUUGGGGAUACUUCAUGCAAAAGGGACGCAAAACUCUACUUGUCAUAUAUAUGUUCUUUGAAUGAUCAUUAUAAGAAAAAGUACUGCAUGGUUAAUAAUAGUGGAUGCCUUGCUAAUGCUGAUAUGCCCAUGGUUAUCAAUACCCCUGGCUGGGUAAAAGGGAUCGGCUAUGAGAUACUUGUGGAAAUCUUGAAAUAUACUUCCCCUAGUCAUGUUGUCAACAUUUGCAUAUCUGCUAAGAACAAAAAUCUACCAAGAGGGUUUUUUUGGCUGGAUGAGGGGGAAGCUUCACUGACAAACCUAAUUGAAAUCAAUUCAGCCCGUCAAGACCCUUCAGGAACAUCGAUUCUGGUGCAAAAGAAUUCACCGUUUAUGAGAGACCUUCGUAUUAUAGCCUAUUUUAAGCAAUGCUUUCCAAGUGGGGCAUUACCUGUACACCCUAAAGAACUUGCUCAUGCAUUAGCUGCACAUCCUCCUUAUGAGAUUCCUCUAUCAAGUAUCAAAAUUAAGCAUCUUCACUGCCAGGUACCCAAGGCCGAGGUUUUCUACAGCUUGAAUGCAACCAUUGUUGGAUUGGCAGUUAGCUGUGACGGUACUGAAGAUAUGCCUCAUUGUGUUGGUUUGGGAAUUGUGAGAAGCAUUGACACCUUGAAACGGGUUCUCUAUAUAAUUACUCCUGUGCCGUUAGACAGUCUGGAGAAGGUCGACCUUUUGCUGCAAGGUUUCAUUGAAUUGCCCACAUCUUUACUGCAAGUUCAAGGCUGUGUUUCACCUUACAUGUCUGCCAAUGUAUUGCCUGAAUAUUAUUGUUGGAAUGCUCACACACACGGCCGUAACCAAAUUGCAACAAUUCAGUGAGAUCCCACAAGUGCGGGAUGUGUGUGUGAGUCGACCUUAUUGCUACCUGUAAGGCAGUGAGGAUGUAACUAAGUUACUAGUAGUAGAGUACUCCUAUUUAAGUACUCCUAUUCACUUUUUCAAGGUAUUCCAAAUUAAUUAUCAAUUGUCAAAAAUAUUCUCUUAAGAGUAAGUUAGCAUUGCAGGUUUGAGUAGGUUUCAGUUAAGACUUCAGGUCAACUUCCGAUCGAUUAAAAGUCGGGCUGGGUC